UGAUCCUGAGUAGGAAGAAUGAUGAAGACGUCCAUUGGAGCUUUGUUCAUGUUCUUGUGGCUGCAGCUGGACCGGGUCAGCCAUGGAGAGAAAGUGGAUCAGCAUCCUUCUAUCCUGAAUGUCCAGGAGGGAAACACUGCUGUUAUCAACUGUUCUUAUUCAGACAGUCGCUCUGACUACUUUCCUUGGUAUAAGCAAGAACCUGGAAAAGGUCCCCAGUUCAUUAUAGACAUUCGUUCAAAUAAGGACAAAAACCAAGCUGGAGGACUCACUGUUUUAUUGAAUAAGGCGGCCAAACAUUUCUCCUUGCACAUGGCAGCCACCCAACCUGGAGACUCUGCCAUCUACUUCUGUGCAGCGAGUGCACAUUGCUUCCCAGGCACCUGGAUCCUGUACACAAACCUGCGAGUGGGGCAGCCCCCUCUGCCUGGGACAGACCUGCAAGCACAGCAGUCUUAUUGCGCUUAUUUGCAAGUGGAAAAUAGUGUGUUGCAGCAGCACACAGCUCAGCAUUUCUUCUCUCCAUCUGUCAGUCACCUCACCUUGCAGAGCCCGAACACUGAAGAAGAAAAAGAAGAUAUCUUCCACCAAGUGGGAGAACUUGAACAUGUUGGUGUCCGGUCUUCUGAGGGUGGUCAUAACUUCCAUGUGGCUAGUCUAUUCUGGUACAAGCAGCUCAGCAGUGGGGCGAUGGUUUUCCUCAUUCGUCAGGACUCUUACAACCAGCAAAAUGCCACAGGAGGCCGCUACUCACUGAAUUUUCAGAAAGCAAAGAGUUCUGCCAACCUUGUCAUCUCAGCUUCACAGCUGGAGGACUCAGCAGUGUAUUUCUGUGCCCUGACUGAGCCCACAGUGAGAGGCGUGUUAGAAGGAGGUGUACCAAAACCCCAGGGCUCUGCUUCAUGCAUCCACCUGCUGUAG